AUGGCAGGACAACGAAAAGAAGAAAAGACAGAUGAGGAUUGGUUGCAGACCAAUAUCUUUCAUACAAGAGUAGAACACGAUAGACGAGCCCUUAACCUCAUCAUUGACAAUGGGAACGGUGAGAACAUGGUGUCACAAGAGAUAGUCCAAAAGUUGAAGCUUCCUAUAGAAAAACACCCAAAACCAUAUAAAAUCAGUUGGGUGGACGAUACCUCCAUACCGGUAAAACACAGGUGUUUGGUGUCAUUGAGGCAACAUUAUAAAGACUCACUGUGGUGUGACAUCAUACCUAUGAAAGCUUGUCAUCUCCUAUUGGGUCGACGGCUGUGGUUGUAUGAUAGGAGAGUGCAAUAUGACGGGUACACUAAUACUUAUUCUUUUUUAUUUAGUGGUCGGAAAAUUGUUUUGCAACCCAUGAAAUUGCAGGAAUUUGAAGCUCCUAGAGAAGAAAAUCGAGUACUCACCUUGCGGAGGUUUAACUCAGCUUCCUAUGACAGAAGAGUUAUAUUUGUUUUGGUGAUUAAAGCAGUCGAUAAUGCAAUAACUGAGUCUUGGCCACCAGCAAUACAACAACUGUUGCAAGAAUUUGCUAAUCUCACACCUGAGGAGCUUCCACAGACUCUUCCACCCAUGAGGAAUGUGCAACAUGCCAUUGAUCUCAUUCCUGGUGCAUCGCUACCAAAUCUACCAGCUUAUCAAAUGAGCCCCGAAGAGCAUAAGGAAUUGCACAGAGAAGGCCAAGAACUCCUUGACAAAGGUUUCAUAUGGGAAAGUCUCAGUCCUUGCGCUAUUCCCGCGCUGCUCACACCAAAAAAAGAUAGUAGCUGGAGGAUGUGUAUUGAUAGUAGGGCCAUUAACAAGAUCACUGUCAAAUACAGGUUCCCAAUUCCCUGA